AUGCUUACUAGUAAUGUCUGCAUUACGAUCUUUUUGCUCUUCCAGACUACAAUUGGGAUCCUGGCAAACUUCUUCCUACUUUCUCUUUAUAUUUUGAAUUUCCUACCUGGCCACAAAUUAAGACCCCUGAACCUGAUUCUGAUGCAGCUAACCUUGGCCAACAUCACUAUACUGGUUAGCAUAGGAAGCCCAGAAAUACUGCAAGCUUUUGAGAUAAGAAAUUUCCUGGAUGAUGUUGGAUGCAAAAUGCUAUUUUUCCUUUAUAGAAUUGCCCAGGGACUUUCAAUUUGCUUCACCUGCCUUCUGUGUAGCUUCCAGGCCAUCACCAUCACUCCCAGUGACUCCACACUGUCAGAAUUCAAAGCCAGAAUUCCAGAACUGGUUUCUACCUUCUGUCUCUUCUGUUGGAUCUUUAAUAUCUUGAUAGAAAUUCCUGUGCCAAUAUUUGUGAUAGGACCAAGGAGCACUAUCAACAAUACAUAUAAACUUAAUGUUAUAUAUUGUUCAAUGGGAAUGCUUAUUGAUAUUUACUUUAUCAUGACUACUCUGAGAAAUGUGCUGUGUGUGGGACUCAUGUUUUGGACCAGUGGCUACAUGGUGCUUAUCCUGCACAGACAUCACCAGCAAGUCCAGAAGAUCCAUAGUGCCAGCUUCUCAUCUAGAACGGCCCCUGAGGUCAGAGCCACCUGCACUAUCCUACUGCUGAUGGGCAUUUUUGUCUGGUUUUACUUACUUCACUCCAUCACUUUGAUUUCUCUCACCUGUUUAGAUCCUAACCGAUACUGGUUGACCAUCUCUGCCAUUCUGUCUCUUUGCUUCCCAACUUUUAGCCCCUUUGUGUUGCUCCCCAGAGCCCCCAAGCACAGCUGCCUUCUCUGA